GAAAUAUGAAGAACAAAUUAGAAAAAGCUUCUUCUUGUGGGAACAAUGCAGCUGGUGCUGGGUCUGCGCACCAACAUGACCGCUCCUCACGAGGAACAGCACACGAAACCAUGCAGCUAAAAAACGAAUCGCUCCUCGCAGUGAUGAGGAAACGCAUCGCUCCUCACAUCACCAAGCAGGAGCUACUGAAGACGAGCAGAUAUUAUCAUCUCAUCUCCUGCUGUAGGACUACACCAAGAACACGGUUGGGAAGCAGGAAGCGGGUCAAAAGACGAGGG